GAAGCCAAGAUAGCAAUCUCAGCCGCGAUAUCUCACGAGUGAAGUGAUACUGCUGUCAGCUGCUCGUUAAAACCCAGCACGGACAGACGGCAAAAAGCAAAUUUGGUUAUCCGCUAUUAAGUUUUGUAUUUUAAUGUCGCCAUCGAAUUGUAUAUAUCUUUGUGUGGAAUCGUUAUCAUUCGGGAUCAUAUGUUGAAGAAACGGAGCGGAGGGAGGAAAGAGACAGAGAACCAACCGUCAGUUUCGGAAGCUGCCUAAAAGUGGAGGACGAAACCGUUUCCCAGCAGUGACUGUCCAGCUGCUCUACCACGGCACAAAAUAGCCAAACAACAGGACGCAGGGCGAAUACCCAAAAGGAGAUAAUUUGUCUCUUUUUUUUUUGUCGAGGAGAACAUCACUUUACUGGCUUGCUGAGAAAACGACAAGACAAAACGGUGUCGCCCCAAGACAGGAAGGAAAACACAACCGACGUCCAGGAUGAAUCACCUAUCUUUCAGCGAGCUUUGUUGCCUCUUCUGCUGUCCGCCCUGCCCCAGCAAGAUAACCGCCAAGCUGGCCUUCCUGCCACCUGAGCCCACCUACAGCCUCAUGUGUGACGAGAGCGGCAGCCGAUGGACCCUACACCUCUCAGAGCGCGCCGACUGGCAGUACUCUUCCCGCGAGAAGGACGCCAUCGAGUGCUUCAUGACACGCACCUCCAGAGGCAACCGAAUCGCGUGCAUGUUCGUGCGCUGCUCUCCCAACGCCCGCUACACACUGUUAUUCUCCCACGGAAAUGCAGUGGACUUGGGCCAGAUGAGCAGCUUCUACAUCGGUCUGGGUUCUCGGAUCAACUGCAAUGUGUUCUCCUACGACUACUCUGGUUAUGGCGCCAGUUCAGGGAAACCCUCAGAGAAGAACCUGUAUGCUGAUGUAGACGCUGCCUGGCAGGCGCUCCGCUCGCGGUAUGGCAUCCGCCCAGAAAACAUCAUCGUGUAUGGUCAGAGUAUUGGAACCGUACCUUCUGUGGACCUUGCCUCUCGCUACGAGAGUGCCGCAGUGAUCCUGCACUCCCCGCUCACUUCCGGCAUGAGGGUGGCCUUCCCUGACACCAAGAAGACUUACUGCUUUGACGCCUUCCCCAAUAUUGACAAGAUUUCAAAGGUGACGUCACCGGUCCUGGUGAUCCAUGGCACAGACGACGAGGUCAUCGACUUUUCCCAUGGCCUGGCAUUGUAUGAGCGCUGCCAGCGCCCAGUGGAGCCACUGUGGGUGGAAGGAGCCGGACACAAUGAUGUGGAACUCUACGGACAGUAUCUGGAAAGACUCAAGCAGUUUGUUGCACACGAGCUGGUCAACUUGUAGAGGAGCUGGAAACAAAAAGUGACGGGGAAAACAAUAGUGGUGUAUGUUUGUUUUAUUAUGAUUGCCAUUCCUUGUGGGGACGCAGGUGGUGUUUUCCUCCUGUGGAAGGUUUGGUGGUAGAAUUUAUGAUAAGCCACCUCCUCUGCUCGGAGCUCCAGUUCAGGCUGGGUCCAAAGCCUGACAGUACCGUCCACUCCACUUCAGCUGUGAACUUAAAACACUACACUAACUGUUGUUUCAGUUUUGUAAUUGGACUUUAUUCUUUUUUUUCUUCUUUUUUUUUUUUUUACAUGUUGCACAAUUGCACAUUGCUACAGUAUGUGAAUGCAAGAGAGAAGAGACAACAACAUACUGUGUGAACAGCCUGUGUAUGAGUGUGUACGUCACAUUUUUGCUGCCUUUUACAAAGGAUGUGGUUCUCAGUUGUUAAUGAAGACCUCUGACCAGGCCACAAAGAUUCUGAGGUUCUUAGUAACACCUUGAUCCAAACACGACUUGGACUCUCUUCAAUCCAACUGAUCUCUCCAUCUGAUGUAGAAUUAUUAUUUUUGUAUUAUUAUUAUUAUUAUUAUUAUUAUUAUUAUUACAACAGUAUGUUUGUAUAUAUUAUACAUGAUAUUUGCACAUAUCAGCUGUCACUGAAGAACUGUGUAAGACAAACUGACUUAACCCAGCUGUGCCGGUGUUGCCAAAUGUUUAGUAUAAUAUAUUGCAAAGGAAUGGACUUUCCUUCAACACCUUGAAACUUUUGUUUAUUGCCUCUUUCUUUCCCACUAAUCUUACUUGUAAGUUUACCAUGAAAUAUUGUUCCUGUAAGAUUAGUAUCACUAUGCAGCAGUCAAUUUCCAACAGUUUCACAGAUGAGUUAUGUGAGCCCUCAUGUAAGAAGAACAAUUACAAGAUCCUGGUUUUCUUUGGGUUUUAGAAUAUUGAAGAAUCUAUAGAUGAUAUUGAUGAUAUUGCUUGCAAACCUAACUAUAACUGAUUUACCUUAUGUGUUUGAUAUGAUUAAAGAUGUAUACCACUAAUGCCAAUCAGGACCUCAAGUGGUACCUGGAGUAGGUUUAUUUUAGUUCAGGAAGUUUAACAUGAAGUUCCGUUUUACUUUUGUAUAUCUAAAAAGAGAUUGAAUCAACAGCACACAUACUAACUCACAGCGUGCGUGUGUGUGUGUGUGUGUGGACAAUAAGUAUGUCAAAGCUCAGCAUUACACGGCCUCUGUCAUAGACUGUCGAUUUUUUUUUUUUUUGCUUUCGUCUUAACUUUGCCUGCAUGGCAUUUCUGGUUCCAUUGUUGAAUGUUUACUUGCCUUUUAAAGUUGAGCGAGACAAAACUUAAUUCCGCUGUAUUUCAAUGCACUAAUGACGCCAUUCGCUAUCAGAGCACUGAUAAGCGAAUGUCAAAGGUCGUGGUUAGUCUCUGUCGUGGUUGUUUCUGGCCUACAAACCUGUCUGCAUAUGACACAUGAGCCUGUGUUCAUGCUGGGAGUUGGACCAUGUUGAAACCAACGGGUGCUACUGUGACCCAUGAGUUUUCUUUCAAGAGUACACUUUCAUUUUUGUGCACUUCGUAAAUACUACAUUAUAUUGGGAUUGUUCUUUUUUUUUUUUUCCAAAAACAUUUGCCGUCAUCUCUGUUUUGUACUGGUCCGCUGGACUAUUGCCAUCUUUGAUUCUGUGUUUUUUCUACUGCAUAUUUCUAUACAGAUGGGACUUGAAACUUAAUAACAAUAUUAACUAUAGUAACUCAGAUGUGAAUAGAAAAAAUAAAGUGGUAAUUGAAAAAAGAA